CCAACUCGGACGAGUUGUUCAAAUCGUCAACUCAAAUAACCGAGUCCGCCACUCUCACUUUCUCACGCGCGAUAAAAGAGGCCGUUGUUCACUCCUAUUGGGAUACACCGGCUGCCUAUCGCUCUCUAUAAUCUCUAAAAUCUCAGAAGACGAUAUCAAUGGCGGUUAGCAAACCCUAACCAGGAUCUCUACGAGUCCUAGAGCACUCAAAAAAAGGGGGGGGGGAGGACGCCCAAUCACUUAUUCACACGAAAAAGAAGGUUUUAUUUGGAAACCCUAGGAGGCUGAUUGGAAACUAGUUUUUACUAAAUCCAGGGUUCGUUUCAAUCUGUUACCGGGUCGGUCGAUCAAUGGAGGUUAUGGUAAAAAGGCCUAGAGGUAGGCCAAGGAAGCGUCCGAGGCCGGAGGAAGAAAAUGAAAGUGCCGUUGCUGAUGCGAAAUUCAAUAAUUCCAAAACUAAAAAGAAGGUACUGGAGACAAGAUCCAUGGCCUUUGUAGGUCGAUAUGCGUUGAAAGAAUUUGGGGGAAGUUCCUUUUUAGGGAAGAUUGUUUCGUAUGACACUGGAUUGUAUAGAGUAGACUAUGAAGACGGUGAUUUUGAAGAUCUGGAAAGUGGGGAACUUCGAGAGUUGAUUUUGGAAGAAUCUUAUUUUGAUGAUGAUUUGCGUAGAAGAAAAAUUAGGUUAGAUGAGUUAGUGUUAAGCAGGAUUGUAAAGAAGAGAGAGUUGGAGGAGGAAAGGAAGAAAUUGGAGGUUUUGAAAAACGAGGUUGAUGCCCUGGAAACCUCGGCUGUCAGUAAGCUGAGUGAUGGGAUGAUGGUUGAGAAUGAAGGAGAGCAAGACAAAGAUGAUGCGGAUUCUUCAAGUGAUUCCUGCGAUUAUGCACAUGAUAGGGAAUUGUCUUUGGAGUCAGAGAUUCCUCUUAUUCCACCCCCUAUAUUACCUCCUUCUUCGGGAACAAUUGGUGUGCCGGAGGAGUGCGUUUCACAUCUGUUUUCUGUGUAUGGUUUUCUUAGGUCCUUCAGCAUCAACUUGUUUUUGAAUCCGUUCGGAUUGGAUGACUUUGUGGGGUCACUAAAUUGCUCCAAGCCAAACCCUUUACUGGAUGCUGUUCAUGUUGCUUUGAUGCGAUCAUUGAGUUGUCAUCUUGAAACAAUCUCUUCAGAAGGCUCAGAGCUUGCAUCAAAAUGUUUGAGGUGUCUCGAUUGGAGCUUGCUCGAUACGCUGACUUGGCCUGCUUAUUUGGUCCAGUAUUUUGUGAUAAUGGGAUAUGCAGGAGGACCUGAGUGGAAAGGAUUUUAUGAAGAUGUCACUGAGAGAGAGUACUAUUCCUUGCCUGUGAGCAGAAAGCUGAUGAUUCUACAAAUUCUUUGUGAUGAUGUAUUAGACUAUGCAGAGUUGAGAGCUGAAAUUGAUAUGCGAGAAGCAACUGAAGUGGGAGUAGAUCCUGAUGCAGUUGUAAUUGAUCCUCUUGAAAAAGGACCUACAAGGGUUCAUCCUAUAUAUUCUAAAAUUUCCUCGUGCAAAGGAAGGGAGGUAAUGGGAAUAACCUCAGAAAGUCACGAGGUCAAGUCAUUUUCUAGGACCCCAUUGGGUUUGAGAAAUACUGGAGGGACUGCUGGUGUUGAUACUGAUGUAGAUGGAAAUAGUGACGAGUGUCGUCUUUGUGGCAUGGAUGGGACAUUGCUUUGUUGUGAUGGGUGUCCAUCUGCAUAUCAUUCAAGAUGUAUAGGUGUCAUGAAAAUGCAUAUACCUGACGGGCCCUGGUAUUGUCCAGAAUGUGUAAUUGAUAAAAUGGGACCAGCAAUUGCAGUAAACACCUCACUUAGAGGAGCAGAACUUUUUGGUGUUGAUUUAUAUGGGCAGAUCUUCUUGGGUACUUGUAAUCACUUGUUAGUGCUCAAGGCUUCCCUUGACACGGAAUCGUAUGUGAGAUACUACACUCUGAAUGACAUUCCCAAAGUUCUCCAGGUUCUUUCUUCAUCCAUUGAACAUAAAACAUUAUACCUUGAUAUAUGCAAAGCAAUUAUACACUAUUGGAAUGUCCUGGAAAAUAUUGUCUCUCCACUUGAAAUUGGUGGCAAGGUAGCAAAGAUGAAGGAAGACGCAGAAUUUUCUACUGGAUUACCACUUCCUGUUGUGAAGGAUAGCCAUAAGUUUUUGGGUUCAGUUGAUGUUGAAAAUGCAAGUAGCUUCAGUGGAAGCAAUGUGGGAGUUUUGCGUCCAGAUACUUCUAUGCUUGCAAUGAACCUAACUGACCUUCCUGGCUCCCUGAGCAAUGAUGAGACAAUGGGAGGGAAGGAUCAUCCUCCAAUGAAUAAAAAUCUGUCUGAGCAUAUUUAUAUCGAGUCUGCUGUAUCUGCUGCUUCAGUUAGCCAGCAAACUGCCUCUGAUGUAACCCAUCAAAGUUUAGUUGACAGAUCAAGUGUCAUAGAUCAUACAUCAUGUGCCUCAGGAAGCAGCAGUAACAGUUAUGGUGGAGCUGCAAAUGGUAUCUAUUUUCAAGCAAAUAUGUUUUGCCAGAGCCAGAGCAAAGUGGGCAAGCAAAUAGGUUUUGGAAGGGAUGCAAGAAAUUUUGCAGUUGAUUAUAUAUACAUGGGGAUUUCUUUUAAACCUCAGGCUUAUGUAAAUCACUAUAACCAUGGGCAUUUUGCUGCUACUGCGGCUGCCAAGCUGGCUGUUUUUUCAUCAGAGGAAAGUCAGGUAUCUGAGGUAAAUAAAUCAGGUAGUGCCAGAAAGGUUGCAACUGCUAGUAGCAUGUUGCUGCAAGUAAAAGCUUUCUCAUUAGCAGCCUCGCGCUUUUUCUGGCCAAGUGCUGAAAAGAAGUUGUUGGAUAUUCCACGAGAAAGGUGUGGCUGGUGUGACUCUUGCAAGAUCCCAUCUUCAAGCAGAAGAGGAUGCAUGUUAAAUUCUGCAGUCUCCACUGCCACCAAAAGUACCAAUAAGGUCCUCAGUGGCCUUCCUUCUUUAAUGAAUGGAGGGGGUAGUCUUCCCAGUAUUGCAACAUAUAUUUUAUACAUGGAGGAGACUUUGCGUGGUCUUGUUGCCAGCUCUUUCUUAAACCCAGAUUAUAGAAAACAAUGGCGUAGGAAACUAGAAGAAGUUUCAACCUGUAGAGCAAUGAAAGUUCUCUUGCUUGAUCUUGAAGAGAACAUUUCAGUUACUGCUCUUUCUGCGGACUGGGUCAAGCUAAUGGAUGAUUGGUUAGUAGAUCCUUGUGUAAUUCAAAGCACUUCAUCAUCUGCUGUGGGAUUGUCACAGAAGCAGGGACCAGGUGGACGACGGCGUAGGAAACAGUCUGUUGCAUCUGAAGUUACAGCUGAUGACUCUGAUGAUAAAAGUUUUGACUGGUGGCGUGGAGGGAGGUUAUCAACUCAUGUAUUCCAGAAAGCAAUUUUGCCUGCCUCAAUGGUUAGAAAAGCUGCCCGGCAAGGUGGGGUGAGAAAGAUUUCUGGUAUUAAUUAUGUUGAUGAUUUUGAGAUUCCUAAAAGAAGCAGACAAUUAAUUUGGAGAGCUGCAGUAGAAAGGAGUAUGAACACGGCGCAGCUUGCACUUCAGGUUAGAUACCUAGACCUUCAUGUGAGAUGGAAUGAUCUUGUUCGUCCUGAUCAUAACAUCUCAGAUGGAAAAGGUUCUGAGACUGAAGCAUCAGCUUUUAGAAAUGCUCUUAUAUGUGAUAAGAAAACUUUAGGAAGCAAGAUCCAAUAUGGAGUUGCUUUUGGAAAUCAAAAGCAUCUUCCUUCACGUGUCAUGAAGAACAUAAUUGACAUUGAGCAAACUGAAAACAAAAAGGAGAAAUAUUGGUUUCAUUUGACACACAUCCCUUUAUAUUUGAUCAAAGAAUAUGAAGAAAGAAUGAGUGUUGCUGUUCUUCCAUCGGUUAAGAAGCCUUUCACUGAGUUAUCUGAGUUACAACAAAGGCAGUUGAAAGCUUCCCGGAGGAAUAUAUUUGCUUAUCUGAUAUCUAAAAGAGAUAAGUUAGAGAAGUGUUCCUGUGCUUCAUGUCAAAUGAAUGUUUUCUUGAGGAACGCGGUAAAAUGUGGCACUUGCCUAGGUUAUUGUCAUGAGGACUGUACUUUGAGCUCAAUGCACAUGAAUGGGAAAGUUGAGUGCUUCAGCAUCUGUAAGGGGUGUUACCAUGCCAAAGUUCUUGCUCAAAAUGAAAUCAAUACCAAGUCUCCUACCACUCUGUUGUCCUUGCAAGGACGAGAUUGUUGCAGUGCACCUGCAGCCACAAAAGGCAUGCAGGUUAAAAGUUCUACUCAAUCCAUGAAACCACUGGCCUCCAUCAGAAGCAAGGAGAACCUGGUUAGAAUUCAGGAAAAAGGGUAUGAUACAAAGCAAUCUCUUUUAAAUAAUGGCUCAGGAGUGAAGCGAAAUAAGUUGUGUAAUUGGGGUGUCAUAUGGAGGAAAAAGAACAGUGAAAGUGAAUCUGGAAUUGAAUUCAGGCAGGAACACAUUCUCACAAAGGAUGUUUCAGAUAACCGCUUUUUGAACCCUACUUGUGUGCUGUGUCAGCAACCCUAUAACUCAGAUCUGAUGUAUAUUCGGUGUGAAACAUGCGGAAAGUGGUACCAUGCUGAAGCUGUUGAACUUGACGAGUCAAAGGUUUUUGAUGUGGUUGGGUUCAAAUGUUGCAAGUGUAGAAGGAUAAAAGGACCCGAGUGUCCUUUCAUGGACCUUGAACUUAGAGAGCAAAAGCGCAAGAAACGGUUUGGAAAGCUGCAGAAACAGGGACAAGGAAGUAUAGCAUUCAAUUCUGAUCUUGGAACUAAUUCCGACACUAAAGAGUUCAGCCCCGUCACUCCAAUAAUUUCUACAGAGGAUGAGCUAGUAUAUGCUAAUGAUCCUCGAGUUUUAUCCCUUUCCAAAGUUGAGCAAAUAACAGAGAACAUUUCAGAAGUGGAUGUUGAGUUGAAUACUGCUUCUGCCAGUGGACCGCAGAAGUUACUUGUUAGAAGGCAAAUAAAGCGGGAAGAGGAGGCAGAUGGUCUUUCUGGGGAUGGUCUUGAACAUGUUGAGUUGUCGACAUACCCUGAACCUAAUGAUUUUGCGGGGCCCAAGGGGGAGUCGUCUAUUCCUUUUGCGCAAUGGGAUGUUUCCAGUAAUGGGGGCUUUGAAGGUGAGCUUCUAUUAGAUUAUGAAAAUCUGAACUACGAGGACAUGGAGUUUGAACCGCAAACAUACUUCUCUUUCACUGAGCUGCUAGCAUCCGAUGAUGGGACCGGGGAUGGAUUGAAGGAUUCCGAUAAUCAAGUGGACCCAAUGAACCCCGAUGUUACUGCACUGCAUUGUCAUGUGUGUCUACAGAAUGAACCUGCACCUGAACUUUAUUGUGAUGUAUGUGGGUUUUUGACGCACACCCAAUGUUCUCUUUGGGAUGAGUCUUCAUCCUUGGAAAGCAGCUGGAGGUGUGGCCGAUGUCGAGAAUGGCGCUAGUUGGCCCAAUGCUGUGCAAGUUUUGGGAAUGUCUUUUGUCUAUGUUGGUCUAAAUGAUUAAACAGAGGGAGGCAGAGCUGGCCACAGCCUACCCGUGACAAUUCUUGAUUACCACGCCAGUCACUGAGGUUAUCAUGCAUUUGGAGGAAACAGAAACCGCCUCCAUUGCUGUGCUUUCUCGAGGCUAAAAAGCAUCUACAUUUUUUCAGUGGCCUUUUUGUUGAUAAGCCCCUCGAGACUCUUUCCUCAGAUCGGAUCAAAGGAGAAAAACUACGUUUCCAGUGGUUUGGUGAAAAUGCGUCAAUGACAAAGCUUAAGCUUGGGUGAAUGAUCAAUUGUUUUGGACACCAAUUGUGUAGGAAGAGACAAUUUUUUUUUAA